AUGGGUAACAUCAACAGAAGAAAUGAGAUGCCUCAGAACCUGAUUUUGGAAGUAGAAAUUUUUGAUGUUUGGGGAAUUGAUUUCAUGGGACCGUUCAACCCUCCAUCAAAUGGCAACGUUUACAUUCUGGUUGCUGUUGAUUAUGUCUCAAAAUGGGUGAAGCCAUUACAAGUCCCACCAACGGUCACAAGGACAGCUUUCAAGACACCAAUAGGAAGGACACAUUUUCAGUGUGUGUAUGGUAAAGCAUGUCAUCUCCCUGUGGAUAUUGAGUAUAAGGCGCUUUGGGCUAUCAAGCUUCUGAAUUUAGAUAUUGAUGCUGCCGAAGCAAAGAGAGUUCUUGACAUCUAUGAACUUAAGGAAAUCAAACUUGAAGCUUUUGAAAGUUCCAAAAUCUACAAGGAGAGAACCAAGGCUUUCCAUGACAGGAGGAUUGUUGUUAAGGAGCUUAAGGCUGGAGAUCACGUUUUGUUGUUCAAUUCCAGACUUAAAUUGUUUCCUGGAAAGCUCAAGUCUACAUGGUCUGGACCAUUUGAAAUCAAAGAUGUUUUUUGCCAUUUGGUGCGAUCACUCUCCUGA